GUGAUGGCCGUGCGUGGACUCGAGAUCCAUCCGGACCUAGUUUUGUUGCUUUCAAUGCCCUAGUAGUUAGUUUGAUUGCUCGUUGUUUGCUUUCGCCCUCCAGAAAUCCCAGUGUGAGAAGGGCCUCUAGCUGACUUGGUUAGGAAACCAACGGCACUCCUAACUCUUGGGUUCGACUCCCUAUGGAGCGAACCUUAGCUUGAGGUUAAAAAAAUCCCCUCGCAUGCUCCAUGUCCAAAGCACGUGUAUGGUCCGGCCUAACUCACAAGAUUGCCGGCUCUACUUGGUGAGCCGCACGGAUGGCGGAGGAUGCCAAUGGAAAGAAGGAGGAGGAGGAGUUCAGCACAGGCCCUCUGUCAGUGCUGAUGAUGAGCGUCAAGAACAAUACCCAGGUUCUUAUCAACUGCCGGAACAACAAGAAGUUACUUGGUCGUGUGAGGGCAUUUGAUCGGCAUUGCAACAUGGUUCUUGAGAAUGUUAGGGAGAUGUGGACUGAGAUACCGAAGACUGGUAAAGGCAAGAAGAAGGCUCUUCCGGUGAACAAAGACAGGUUCAUAAGCAAGAUGUUCCUCCGUGGGGAUUCAGUCAUCAUUGUUCUCAGGAACCCGAAAUGAGUUGGACAACUUUGCUAGCUUGCUGUCUAAUCUGUAUGCCAAACACUGUUCCAUUCGUAUAAGAGACGAUUCUUGGUGGAGUGUUUUAGUUGGAUGCUGUGAUGCACCUCUUGCGUUCACUGGUACUUUCUAUUUGGCCCAAUCAUUAUCAAAUUUAGAACUCCACUGUUCCAUUUGUCGA